CAAUAAUUUCCACUCAGUCCAGCCAGUAGUGUUUACAAGUUCGUCAUCGUCAUCGUCAACCACCUCCGAACCCUCCUAGCUCACAAAAUAGAACCCCACGAGACCACAAAUUUCAGGUGCAGGUUCUCCCCAUCUGAAUCAUGACGAAGAGAUCGUCAGGAGUGGUCUCAGCGGCGGCAGCAGCAGCAGCUUCUCAGGAUGCAAAUGCGACCUGGGAGGCGCUCCGCCUGACGCACCUGAAGCCGUCGUUCAACAGCCAGGAGCUAGCCCUGGCGGCUCGCCAAGACCUCUGGCACAAAUUCAUCAUCUUCGACGCGGGAUCUUACGAAAAUGAAACAGUAAUGGACGCGGUGAUAACCGCGUGUCGUCCAGAGGUUAUUCUCCCCGUGAUGUACAAAAUCGAGGACUCCAGGAACGCAACGUUCCUGUCAAAAUGCAGCAUAGCCGUGAUAGAGUCCCUAGUGAGACAAGGACUCCAGAUCUGUCUUCUAGACAAUCGAAUCCUGAAGAUGGACAUUAUCCUGGGCUUCAUCAGCAUGAACGAGCUCCAGGUUAACCCCCACAAGCUGAUAACCGAGGUCCUGGUGAGUCGUUGGGACUCCCUGAAGAAGGUUCUCAACUUGGACAACUUCAAGACUGAUAAAGGACUGGGAUCAAUGUACUGUCCCCUGUCCCUGCCGACGGUGUUUGUCUUCGUGAUGAGAUGUGCGAGGAUGAGGAUAGGAAACUCUCGAGAGAAAUUCGAGAGUACAAGACUUCCAGUGCGUGAACUCAACCUCAAGAAUAAUAAAUUAGCUGGGGUGAUGCUGUACGAGAAAGCUCUUAAUUACACUUUGACGAAGCUCGACCUGAGUUUCAAUAAGAUCGAGAAUGUGGAGUUCCUCAGGUACUUCUCGGAAUUCAAGAUAACGGAGCUGUGGCUCGAUGGAAAUCCCCUGUGUACGAUUUACAAAUCCCCCGAGGAGUACAUUCAGGCGGUUCGCAAGGUCUUUCCUCACGUGCAGAAGCUCGAUGGAGUGAUAAUUGACAUCGAACAUAAGCAACCGAUACCUGUCAAUCAGCCGUGUUUUCUCCUCGAUAAUUCAAGGCUGAGUCUGGUGAAGCAGUUUGUCAGGCACUACUUCACGUUGUUCGAUCAGAAGGAUCGAAGUGUCCUGAACGGGCUGUAUGAUGCCAACGCCUACUUCUCGACGACUGUCGGACAUAUUGCGAAUCCUCGGCAUCGACAGCUGACGAAGAUCAUGGCGAUCAACAGGAAUUUUCUGAAGCUCGUAGACUACUCCAGGGGGUACAAGUACCUUCUCCAGGGACCAGAUCAAAUCAUCAAUACCCUCAGGAGACUGCCACCGACUCAUCACGACUACAAGUCAUUCGCCAUCGAUCUCCUGCACCAGGGGGAUCAUCACCUGGUCAUGUCCAUUCAGGGAACGUUCUUCUAUCGAGAAUUUCCCAUCUCCCUUAACUUCGCCAGGACUUUUAUCAUCAUCGAGAAGGACGAUCAUGAGUACAGGAUUGUCAAUGAUCAGUAUCACAUACAGAGUGGCAACUCCACCAUCAUCGAGAGCGAUGUCUCGAAGAUGGCCUUGAAUAGAGUACCACCUUUUGAACCCACUUAUCUCAGUGCCAACGAGAAGGACGAUCUUCUCAAGUUUCUGUGCAAUGUCACUACUAUGAAUACACAGUUCUCAGAACAGUUCCUAGAGAGGAAUAACUGGGAUCUGAGAGCUGCUAUUGGGGCAUUCAGAAAAGCUUACACUGUCAAUGAUGUUCCCCCUGAGGCCUUCAAAUCGCUUUACUGAGGCUGAUUUUCUGAGAAAAGGGGAAAGUUAUCGUCAUCCCCUUGGGAUUAUUAUGUCGAAAGAUUUGGCAGGAAAAUUCCUGGCAUGAAUCCCGCAUUUUUGAAUUAUUUAUCAUUAUUUAUCCGCGAUAUUUAUUAUUUUAAUCAGCAUAAUCGAGUAGAUCGGCUACAAAAGUAUUUUUAUUGACACGACCUUUUUACCUCAACAGAAGACCUGAAAUUUGAAACCUGAACUGAAUAAUGAGCCCUUUAAUGACAUAAUUAUCAUACGUCUGUCAUUAUGACCUGCAUGAGUAAUUAACAUAAGUAAAAUAUUUAUUUCGCUGUUCCUUGCCUGAGAAUACUAUUUAUCAUUCCUUCAGGUCGUCAGGCGUUACUCCCUCAAUUCCCACAAUAUCUAAUUAUUUUACGAAAGGACUGCAAAAUCAUUUUUCACAAAAAUGCGCUAGAUAAUUUUAAAUUAAAAAAUUGUAUUUAUAAUUUAAGUUUCUGUCAGAGAAACUCACUGUCUGUACAUAUAUAUAUAUAUAUAUAUUGAAUAAAGAUCAAUUUCCAACACA